AUGACCAUUACCGUCGGUCUCGCCGGCAUCACCGGAAGGUUUGGCCGCUUGCUUGCUGCCAACCUCCUCAAGAACCCAGACGUUGCCCUGCGCGGUUAUGCCCGAGACCCCAGCAAGGUCGUUUCGUCCAUUUCGGCAUUGCCUCGUACGCAGCUCUUCGCUGGCGGAGCCUUGGACGGCGCCGCAAUCCAGCCCUUUGUCUCGGGCUGCGACGUGGUCAUCUGCGCGUACCUUGGAGAUGACAAGCUGAUGGUCGAGGGGCAGAAGAAGCUGAUCGACGCGUGCGAGGCAGCCCGAGUCCCUCGCUACAUCGCGAGCGACUGGUCCCUCGACUACACACGCCUCCAGCUUGGCGACCUGUUCCCCAAGGACCCCAUGAAGCACGUCAAGGCCUACCUCGAGACCAAGGAAGCUGUCAAGGGCGUCCAUAUCUUGGUCGGAGUGUUUAUGGAGGUCAUCUUAGGCCCCAUGUCAGGCACGCUAGAUCCGAAGACCAAUACGUUUCGGUAUUGGGGGGAAGGCACCGAGCUCGUCGAAGGGACAACGUACGCGGAUGCGGCCAAGUACACGGCGAAAGUGGCGGUUGAUCCGUCUGCUGUCGGGAUCCAAAAGUUCCUCGGCGAUCGGAAAUCAAUCAAGGACAUUGCUGCAUCGUUCGAAAAGGUGUAUGGCGUGAAGCCGAAUCUUGAGCGCCUUGGAUCCCUCGACGACCUCAAAAAGCGCAUGCAUGAUCUGCGUGCCGAAAGCCCUGCCGCUAUCUACAGCUACAUGUUCCUAUUCUAUAUAUACUACCUCCUGAACGGAUCAACCUUAAUUGGCCCUGGCGUGGACAACGGUAAAUAUCCCGAAAUCAAGCCCGAGACUUGGGAGGAUUUUAUGAGAAAUCGGAAGCUCGAAACGCUGUUGGGUUCGAUGGCUGCCCUGUCGCAAUAA